AAUACUGUUACGUGCUAUGGUUUUUAAUAGACAAUGACAAUACCGAUUGUACUUAAAAUAACAUUGUAUUUACUACCGAAACCCUGAAUAAAAAAGAUAACACAAACACAACACGUGAAUUAACACUGCAAUACUAAAGCACUCAAAUACACAAACACUACGCAGUUACACACCAUCCACGAUAUUGGCUUCGAUAUCGCUCGUAGUUAUCGCUCUUGAUCGCGUCGUAAAUAAGACUGACUGCGGCGACCGCGCGCACUCCUUUUAUACUCGGCCGCAUGUACUAUCGAUAUCUGUGGAACAUUCUCGGAAGAUCCAGAAUGGUCGAGAACUCUCUAGUAUAAUUUUAUUGAGAUCCGUUAUCAUAUUUCCACGACAUUCCGGAAACAUCGAGAUCCUUCAAGAACGUUCCAUAACCGAACUUUCCACAUUCGGGUACGGUAUUAUCGGCGAGUGCCACUGGGUGUAACAAUACUAUGUAAUAUAAAAAGCGGUUUAAUAAUACACAAAGUGAUCGCGUAACAUAAACUCUUGAUCAAACAUCCUGUAUGAUCCAGCUAGAAAUGUGGGUAGACGAGGAGCGGGCGGCGUCGGGCACGCUCGCCGGGAACGCGUACCCACAGCGGGGAGGCGGACUCUACCUGGGGGGCGUAGGGCCCUUGGACAGAGCUAAACUGGGACCACUCCGUCUGGAGCCGUUUACUGGCACGAUUACCGACUUUAUUGUGGAUGGACAAUUGAUAGGUCUAGAGACGGCGGUGAACUGGAGCGGCGCGCAGCUCGGCCGCGCGGACUCCGAGCCGCGCGACGAGCCGCGAACCGAACCCAGAGCCUUGCAGGCGCAGGCCGGCGAGAACGGAUGCAGCAAGACGUGGUCGUGGACGGUGGAGGGCGGCGCGGUGAAGUUCGGCGACGGUGCGUGGAGCCACGCCACCGUGCGCGUCGCCAAGCGCGCCAAGCACCUCGCGCUCGCGCUGCACUUCCGCACCUACGCGCUCCACGGGCUGCUGCUGCUCGUGCCCGGUUCGAAAGCGAAACCGAAGCAUUACCUGGCGCUGAUGAUCCGCGAUGGUAAGCUGCGGCUGGUGGUGCGCGGCCGGAAACGGAAAGAGGUCACGCUCGCCACCUUUGUGUCCGAUGGGACGUGGAGAUCGGUGUCGAUCCGUAGUGGCGGGUCUCGCGUGUGGGUGCGGAGUGGCGGCGCGGCGGGUGGGGCGGCCGCCCGCGCAGGGCUGGCGCAGCGUGUGUACGUGGGGGGUCCGCCGCCCCCGCCCGCGCUUCCACUACUGCCGGCUGCCAUCGUGCGCGUGGGCGGGUUCCGCGGAUGUGUGCGUCGCGUGACGGUGAACAACCGCGCCGAGGACCUGGUGCGGGAUGCGCACGCGCACCACAACGUGGGACAGUGCUUCCCCAACGUCGAGCGGGCUGCGUACUUUGCAGGUGACGCAUACGCCACGCUAUCCCAUUCCUGGUCUAGUGAGGAAAGUUCAGAAGACGCUACGGAGAUAGAGGUGCAGUUCAGGACCACCGAGCCCAAUGGAAUACUGCUCGCAGGUGGUGGGAUCGUGCUGGAGAUUAAGGAUGGAGAG